CUUCCGCUCCCUCAGCUGUUCCCGCUCUUCCUGGCGCGUCCCUAGUAACGGUCAGGGGGCGGAGCCGGGGCUGGAGGGGUGAGUGAGGCGCUGGACAGGGCAUGGAGGAGGCGGCGGCUCGGGGAACAGAGAAGCCGGAGGGACCGGACGGAGCUACUCUGAUUGCCAGCACACCUCCAGUUUCACGGUUUUGUCUCGUGGAAGAAGACGUGAGUCAGAGCAGCAGUCCUGCAACCCAAAUCUCCAGUGCCAGCGGCAUCUCUCUGGGGGAAGUCAUCAGGCAGUCUGCCAGUAAGGGUAUGGAGUCCUGGUACCAGCUGCCAGCUGAGGAGGAUGCCAGUAACUUUAUGCCGCCAUUUAGUGAGACCGGGGCUUUCGCCAAUCAGACGGAGUUCCCUACGGUAGAGGAAGGAACAUUACAUUCAGAACCAGAUGAGACAAAGGGGCAAGCUCUGGGCCUCAUGCACUCACUACAGUUUGAGACCCAGGACAGCCAACUUUCUCCUUGUCUCCCACUUCUGAUUUCCACCUCCACUCAGGGGCACAAGCUUUUUGAUGAAACCCUGUACCAGCAGAGUGAACUGGAAUUUGCACCUCUCAGUGGUUCCCUUGAUAUAUCUGAAUUUCCUGGGCAAACAUCAAAGCUCCUGCUGAUAAGCGAUGCACUAACUCUGGCAGCCAAGGAGGUUUCAGAGGAUGUCGCUGAUGUCACACAGACCCAGAAUCCUCUCCCUUUUAGCACUGAGGGAGACCAUGACUCCACAAGCCUGCACUACCUAUCGCAGCACCCAUUACCUUCUUCCCUGGAGGAUGUCGAUUUUGUUCAGUGGUCUCACACUAUUUCUGAGAGCACAAAAUCUGAAGGCUUGCAAGCAGCUGCCUAUAAUAAGCAAACUGCUCCUCCCUUACAGAAUCUGGACAUGGUUUUCAGCCAAGAAGAUGGUUCUUUUCUGGAUAGUAGUGUGCCAGCUCCUGUGUUGCUGGAGCUCCUAGAGAAGGAAGUUGGAGUAUCGGGAAGCAGCGAGGUAUCUUCUACAAGUAGCUCUACUGAGAACAUCUCAAACAAAAUGGCAGGAUUUCGUUAUACUCAUCAGGAUCUACAUUUAGGGGAGCAAAUUUACAGUGAUUCUCAGCCCCAAAGGUUGGCCGGCUCAGGGAAAAUAUCAGAACAAUAUCUACUCGAAGGUGAAACCUUUCAAGAUUCCAGUGAAAUAGAUUUUAAUAUGGAAACCUUAAAAGAUGGUGAAAGCCUACAUCCGAAUACGAAUAGGUCCCAUCCUUCUGGAAUAACUGUACGCCUGUCUAAUGGGCCGCCACCUGUGCUGGGGAAAGAUCUUCACAAACAACUGUGCACUGAAAUCCAGCAACGGUACAAAGAGAGAAUGUUGUUGAAAUCAAGUGAGGGUCUGAAUGAGAAGGGGGCCACACAUGAUAUAUCUUCUGUGACGGAAGCCUCCACAGAUCCAAACAGCGGGAGAGACGACACUGUAGUGGAAGUGCUGUCAAGCGUCGCUAGGAAUGAGAUGACUAUUUCCUCACGCUGUAGCAUUGAGAGGGGGCACAAAGAUUCGGAGAUUUCACCAAUUGUAAACCCAACAGCAGUGGACAGCUCCUUCAUUGGGCGACUGGCUUAUCCCAUCUCUCAGUCCACUCCCGGAACAUUUACAGGGAAAACUGGCAGAAACCAGCUCACUGGCAGACUGAUGCAAAUUAAAGCCAAACUUACAGGCUCUAACAUGUCUUUAAAUGAGGAGCCCCCUAGUAACACCCCUACAGCACCUGUAUCAACAAAGCCACAAUCUUUGCAGAGUAGCCGUGGUUAUGCUGAGAGCAGUGAUUCUCAAACAUCCCUUUCCCCAGACAGACGCAGGAUUCAGUCACUCCCAAGUCUUAACUACAUUGAAAAAGUUGGGGCUUGGAACACCAACCAGUCCUUUGAUGCCUUAGUUCUCCGUGGCUUGACAGGUAUAUCCCCUAAAAAGAAAGCCUUUAAUGCAGUGGCAGACUCUUUAAACCACAUUCUGUCCAAGCAGUCAGGUAGUGCUUUGCCAAAGAGUCGGCUUUCUGCCUUGUCUAGGGCAACUGGGUCUAUGAAUAAUUUGACCGCCACAGAGACUGAGGCUUCUGGCAACCCUCAGCUUAUUAGGUCCCAGUCUUGUACUUCUGUUCCAAUGGGAAGAGCAGACACUGAUAUACAAGAUAAAUCGGUCACACCAGUGACAGAGGGCAGCGACAGGCUGGCUGAAUCACAUGAUGCGCAGACAGUUGGUUCACAUUCUGAUGAAGUAGUUCCUCUGGAUUACACAUCUCCGGAGCAGCCCGUUGAUUAUAAAGAGGCUACAGAAAAGGCAAGCAGUGGUCAAAAAAGCACCUCUCAAACACAGCAGCCGAAAGGAGAUGUUGGCGGCAGCCUCGUGGCAAUGGAUCGCUUCAGUGAUGUUUCUUCCAAUAAUGAAUUCUUAACCAGCUCAGGUUCAAGUGGUCGCACAAACCAGAUGCAUUCGCUGACAAGUUUAGAAUUGGACAAUUUUGUCCCUCUUUGGCCGCCGCCUGUUAAAACACCAGAGGAAGUGAAAGAGAUCAACAUUGAAGAAAGGAUACCGACUUAUCUCCGCAACCUUGGCAUAGACCAGUCGCCCUCUACCAUACUAACGCCCUUUGCUCUAAAAGGACCAAUUAGGGAACCCGAGUUUUCACCUUCUGACCUGAGGACAAUAAAAGGGUCGACUGCCACCCCGAACAGAAGCAUGCGUUUUUCUGAAGGAGGCUCUCAGAGUGCAGCUGACAUCUCUCAAUCCAGUGUCUAUUCGACUGCAUCUACAACAAGUGUGUCAAUACCCAUGGCUUCAGAUACUGGCCAGGAUUCCCCUCUUCUCUUCGUGGAAAUGUUCUCCCAGUUUAGCUCAAGAUCAACUGGGGAUAGACCAGUUAGCCAGUGUGAUAUGACCACACGCUUUGGAGAAGACAAUGAGACUCUUCAGUGUGGUCUGAAAUCCAAGGACGUAGCAACAGGAAUAGUGGCCAGUGAGUUUCAGUCUGUGGAAAUCCCUGCAGCUCCACCUUUAUCCAUGGAGCUCCAAGGUGACAUGGAAAACCCUGAGGCAUUAAAUAGGGUUAAACAGCUCAUCGGUCACUUUGAAUGUAAAACUAUUAGUCCAGAUCGGCAUGUCUCCAAUACAUCCGACAUUGAAGCUGCAGAUUUCUUUGGCAUGGCACCAGUAUCUGUGACUCCGCUGCAGAAGCCAGCCUCUGCAGAUUCAUUUGGCUCAGCGUCUGUAUCUGGAAUCCCCUUGCAGAUUCCAGCCUUGGAUGAUUCAUAUGGCUUGGUGGCAGUAUCUGGGAUCCCUUUGCAGAAGCCGACCUCGGCAGAUUCAAUCGGCUCAGUAUCGGGGAUCCCCUUGCAGAAGCCAGCUUUGGAAGAUUCAUUUGGCACGGUGUCCAUAACUGGGAUCCCUUUGCAGAAGCCAACCUCAGCAGAUUCAUUUGGCUCAGUAUCUGGUAACCCAUUGCAGAAGUCAGCUUUGGAAGAUUCAUUUGGCAUGGCGUCUGUAUCUGGGAUCCCUUUGCAGAAGCUAGCCUUGGCUGAUGCAUAUGGCUCCUUGUCCGUAUCGGGGAUCCUGUUGCAGAAGCCAGCCUCAGCAGAUUCUUUCAGCUCAGCAUCAGUAUCAGGGUUUCCCUUGCAGAAGCUAGCCUUGGAUGAUUCGUAUGAAUCGGUGUCUGUAUCUGGGAUCCCUUUGCAGAAGCUAACCUCAGCAGAUUCUUUCUGCUCAGUAUCACAGAUUCCCUUGCAGAAGGCUGCGUCUGCAGUUUCAUUCAACUUUGAGUCAAUAUCUGGUUUUCCUGUGCAGAAGCCAGCUUUGGAUUGUGUAAAUGAUUCAUUUGUUGGUGCAAAGACUCUGAAGGAGAUACGGAAACUGCUGGCAGAAGCUGACACUGUUGGUCUGGAUGAGUUGGGUCAUAGCUACUCACUGUCUUCUCAGGUUAAAGGUAUUCCUGGCUCUUCUUCAUCAAUGUGGCUGAAAUCAGAUGACUCCAUAGCUCCCUCUGAAGUGGAUACAAGGUUUACAAGCCUGGGACAUGGUCGAGUGCCAGAGAUAUCAUGGGAUACCUCUCUAAGAAGCAGCCUUAAGUCUGACAAAGAUUCCCCAGUAAAUGUGGGUUGGGAUGAUUCUCUAGCCAGCAUUGACCAAUUUAAAGAUAGCAUAGAUUUGGAAAACAAAUUAGAAGGCCAAAACCAACCCAUUGCACAGUUAAAACAAGAAAGACUGUUUGAGAGAUCUGAGCCUGAAGGCUUUAGUGAAGUGAUGAAUGUUAAUAAGGGCCAAUUGUAUCCUCCCUUACACAAUGGCAGUUCUGGAGCCACUGAGGGCACCUCAGGCCUUCUCCGAAACGUUACAAGUGUCGUAGGAGGUUUGGAAAAAGCCUUAGCCAAGACUGCUCUGUCCUAUGGACGAGCAAAAGAGGAGGUGACAGAAAGUGAUGACAGCAGCGCUGACUCUCUGGCCGGGCGAGUGAAAAGUCUGCUAAAGAAAGAUUCAUCAUUGAUGAACAAAACACGGACAGGGACCAGAACUGAUGGGAAUGAGACAAGAACACGCGCUUCUGUGCAGUUGAAACUGGCCAAUCGUUCCUCCAUUGCGGAGACAAUUCUGAAUGAGGAGGACAGGAGGCGUAUAGAAGAGAUCAAGAGAGAGUUAAUGGAGGGGGCAAAGGAAUCGCAGCUGGGGCAGAAUGCAUUCCAUGCUGACGGGAUGGCAUCUGAUCACUGGCUGAAGUCGGAACCUUUUCUUUUACACCUGACUCCAUCACCUGACCUCAGUCAGUCCAAUCAGAGAACACAGCCUGAAGUGAUGGAGGGAGCUCCUGAAUCGUUGGCGCCGCUUACAACGCCUGGAACAUUGUACAAAGUGAAUGGUGAAACCUCUGGGAAUGAGGAGUGUCAGCGGUUGGGAGAGCCCUGUGUUCCCCCGCUACUGCAGUUGUCAGAUUUGGGUCCCAGAGAAGCGGCUGCUGCACAGAGGGAAUUGAGCCAGCAGGGGGCUCCACAGUCAAGUUGGGAAUUCUCCAAGCCUGUAACAUCCAUUACAUUUUCCUCACGCAAACGUAGCUCCCCUCUUUCCCUUUCCUCCAGUUCCGAAAGGGGGUAUCCCACAGAAAUACCCCCCGUUGGGACUGACCCUCAGAAACUGAUCCCCAGUGCAGCAGCUAAGUCUCUUUGUGUACCAGACAAUUGCACACCUGUGCUGGAUGCACAAAAUACAGCAGUCCCCCAGCUGCAACAUAGACAUUAUCAACACACUCCUGACUCAUCACAAUGCGCUCAUCAUGGACAAAGCACUGAUAAUGAGAGCAGCCCUGCACUUCCAAGCACUCCAAGACUCCAUGAUGUUCCUCUGGUUGUUUCCAUAGAUCAGAGCUCCCAUUCAGUCCAAGCGGAUGGACAAAGAUCAGAUACUGAGGGGAAUGAAGAGAGAGUCCGUUCCUCUGCAGAGCCGUUUAUUUCAGCCGCUUCCAGCCCAGCUAAAAAAGCCAUAUCUUGUGUUCACGUUCAAAUCUCCCCCAAACGGGAGAACUACAAGGAACUGCACUUUGGGCCAAAGCUCCUCACUAGCUCUGCGUGUGUUAAUGAUUUGGCUAAUGACAAGCUCCAGGCAGAGGAACCUGAUCUCUCUGCAUCAUGUGCUACAAACUUGCAAGGGAAGGAGGGGACAUUAAUUAAACAAGAACAUGCUGAUGAAGAACUAAAAUUCUCUUCCCCACAGUUUCACCCAAAGCCAGGCGGCAGUUGCACUACUCGGCCGAUUGCGAGCACCCUCACUACACCAGAGAGUGCAGCACCUGUGCAGUUCAGCCGCAUUCCCUUACAUGAUGCAACAACGCAGAUAACCACAGAGAGCCCAGCUAAAACAACCUUCUCUGCAGAGAUCUUUAUUGACAGUAGAGAGAAGGAGAUAAUAUCCAGGUCUUCGGAUGCAACUGCCAGCACGACUCCAGAGAGGCAACCGCCAUACUCUGCCCGGCUCUCCCCAGCGACUGAUCAACCUUUGCUCGUGCCGUAUAGACCUCACGGGAGCCCUGAGUUGUUCUAUGUUCCCUAUACUGAUGGAUUAUCCAGGAUCUCUCCUGUCAGCACCAUAGAGAGCUCCCACACAGGCUCCAAUGAUGCAGUUUCACCCAAAUUUCCAGCGGAAGUGCUGGGCUCAGGCACAGACAGCCUGUCAGAUUCAGCAAUGGUGCUGCAUAGAGAAGGCAUCUACAGCAAAGGCUCCAGUCCCAAGCUGGCUUGGAAACAAAGAACAGCAUCACAUACGGCAAAUGCUUUGGAGACUUCACCGACAAGGCCGACUAUGCGACAUGCUCUGGAGCAAGAUCCAGAGCAUCAGACGGAUUCCUUUACUGCUCUUACACAAAGAGACUUGAGUUUUGAACUGAAUUCCAGGUUAGAUCAUCAGAGGGAAAGCCAGACUGAGGAAAAUGAAUUCUUCAGCUUAAAGCCAGAAAUAGAUCUCAGCAGAGAACAGCGAUAUGAUAUGAACAGUCCAGCUGAAAGUUCUAUGCUGAGAAAAGCUAAAAGUAUUUCUGCUCCUUUUACCAAGAGUUUUCAGAGUCCAGAAGUCACUGGCCGGAGACCACAGCGUGGGCAGGUCUCUUUAUAUUCACUGGACGGCAGUUCUGUCACUGAUAAUGGUGAGCAUUCCCUUACUAGAGCCCGCUACAUGUCUGUGACCCAAGAGUCUUAUGACCAUAAACACUUGCACAAAUCCCAGCCGAAUGUGAAUCAGAGCGAUGACUCCGAGCAGAGCCUGGAUGAUCUCUGGGCUCGUUACACAAACAGGAAAAAGCUUGAGCAGUCAGAAACCAAGAGCAAUCACGAACUUUCACUGGUGGAGAGGCUGGAUCGCCUGGCCAGGCUCAUUCACAAUUCCUCUUCCCACUCUCUACUCUCGGCAAAGGAUGAACCACUUGCUGACCUAGAGCAAAACAAGAACCGUGUGAAAGAGAGAAGCUGGGAGGGCAGUGGCAAAAAAGGAGAAAGAUGGUAUGACAUGAAGCUCUCAGGAACGGACCCCCGUGUAAGGGAAGGAUAUUCACUGAAUGAGAUGGAGGAUUCGAAUUCAGCUGAUGAGACGUCUGUAGGCUCAGGCUUCUACCCACUGCUACGAAGCGCCAAAUCAGACAGCGCUUCUUACCAAACAGAAACAGCUACACAAACAGGCAGCGAGGUGACUUCACAGACAUCAGAAUCCAGCUCUGUAGCCACUCUCAACACAGUAUCCAGCUCUGUAUCUACCAUAGACACUGUGCGCCUUAUAAACGCCUUUGGUCCUGAGAGAGUCGUUCCAUCAUCCCGGCUCUCACGCUUGUAUAACGCCAUCGACCAUCAGAAGAGACGCUCGGAAGAAAGCACAGGCAAGCACAGCAGGAAUUCUGCCACCAGAACAGACACGGGGGAGCUUCACAGAAACGUAUACAAGACCCCAGACUCUGCAUCUUCUGUCUCCACCUCUGACAACUCUUGGCAGCCAAGACCAGUCCUCAAAAACAAAAGGAACAACAAAUACGUGAACAAAGGUGUCCAGGCAGGAAAUCUGGAAAUUGUGACUAGUGCUACAAAGAGAAAGACAAGGGAUGUUGGCACAGUUUUUCCAUCGCCGAGAUGGGAUCCCCAUGAACCUCGCUCCCAGGGGCACAUCGAGAAGGAAGAGCGUUCCUGGGGCAGCAACGUCUUUACUAAGCGGGUUGGGAGCACCAGGCAGGGCACAGCACAAGGGCUGAGUUGGUUUGUUCCAGCUGAGAACUUGAAAUCUGACCCAAGAAAGGAAAAUAGGUCUGACAUCAAGAAAGCCCCCAGUGUAAGAUGGUACGAGCCUGUGACCGAUGCAAAACCCUGGAGGGAACCCCUGCGAGAGAAGAACACGGAGGAACGGUUCCUGAAAAGAGUCGGCGGUCAGCUGAAUGGAUCCCGCUUGGAUCCCCCUGAGAACAAGGCACUAAGGCCAUUUGCCAAAGUUACUCUGCAGGAAUCUCUGGAGACUCACCGACCCGAUUUCAUAUUCCGCUCCGGAGAGCGGGUGAAGCGCUUGCACCUUCUUUCGGAGGAGCGCAAACUGCAGACGGUGUUCCAUAGUGAAAGAGAGAAACUUUUCAACCAACCAGCAAAAGCCGGGGAGUGGGAGACGCAGCAGCAGCAGCUGCAAGACUACAGAUUAAACCAGAAAAACCGAAUGAUCCCUAAGAAGGAAAUGGUCCAGCACGCCAAAAGGAUUUAUGAGCAGCUCCCAGAAGUGAAGAAAAGGCGAGAGGAAGAGAAGAGGAGACGGGAGUAUCAGUCCUAUAGGCUGAAGGCUCAGCUCUUCCAGAAGAAAGUCACAAACCAUGUGCUGGGAAGGAAAACCCCCUGGAACUGAUGGAAGCACCUGCCUUACAAAUGACCUUUGUCUUCCCCUUAUGGCCAGUAAAAAUCACAAACUCCUCCCACUGUUGUGUUGUCUCUGUUGUGUUUCUCUUGGUUCCUGACAUUUUAUGGGAUGUACUUUCCACCCUGUUUAUAAUUGUGUUUGUACUCACUUUGUGUGUAAAUAGAUGUGAUAAGCUUUAUUUUCUAUAUAUUUAUAAGAGGAGAAGUAAUUUAUUUUUUAGUUUUCUACCUACAGCAACUGAACGCGGCUAAUAUAAUAAUAUUAAUGUAAUUUGCUCAAUAAAUUCUAAUGGGUUC